AUGGCAGUUGCAGGCGCUUCCUCGGUACCGCAUGUAGCUCCGAAAUACCUAAGUCUCCCUGCCUUCAUGAAGAGGCUUCCAGACGAAUUCGUGGGGCUGUACGGCCAUGACCUUCCGUUCGACUGCAGGCUUGUUUGGCCGAAUGGAAGCAGAUAUAUGGUGCGAAUCCUGAAGCUUGACACUGGCUUCUACUUCUCAACCGGAUGGAGAGAUUUUGUGCGUGCUACCGGCGUCGGACACGGCGAUCAUCUCACCUUCACUUUGGUGGAUGUAGGAAUUUUCAAUGUCAAGCGGUUUGAUAGGGCAACGCACUGUCCCCCUCAGGGAGACGUGGACGACGACGAUGUGGAAGGUAGCUACGCCCCGGACAUGGAUACGUCGGACGAGUACGUGCCAUCAGAGACUGAAACUGACACAACUAUGGAUGAAGAAUACGUGGACGAUAGCAGGGCACUCAAUAUCGAUGGUUACCCAACAUUCGAGUUCACUCUCAAUUCGACAACCAUCAAUCAGAGACUUGAGAUCCCAUACAGCUUUUGGCAACGUCAUAUCCCGAUGGGGGCAAUACAAGCCGGCGUGUAUCUCGUAACCGAACGGGGGAUGUGGUUCUGUACACUCCAACACAACUCGAGGAAGAUAUGGGCGAAGCAUGACUGGGCUCGCUUCAAGCACGAUCACAACCUGGUUGUAGGGGUGCGUUGCACUUUCAAGCUCGUGUAUUCCUUUGGUGUCCAAUUUCAAGUUGUGUUUGACCGUCCUUAA